UCGUACAUAUAUAUAAUUGUAAUUAAAUGUAUAUAUAUAAUUUUAUUAAAGAGUUGCGAAUAUUGAACAGCAACUUUUUUAUUUAUUGUUACUUAGUUAUUGAUAUAUUCAGGGACAUAGACUUCAUUUUUAUUAACCUGCGUUUAUGCAAAGAAAGAAAGAAAGUUCUCGAGAUGGCUAUUUUGCAUGACGAGGAAUAUUAUCGGAGUAGAAUACCCGAGCCUGAUUUGGGAGCGCUUCGAAAUUUUGUGCGAUUUGUUUGGAAUCCAGACAGGAAACAAGUACUCGGCAGAACUGGGAAAGAAUGGGCGUUACUGGGGUGCUUCUACGUAUGCUUCCUCAGCAUAUUAAUUUCUCUCUUCGUGUUACAAAUGUGGAUCAGUAUUGACUAUGCCUCGAAACUGGAUAAACCAUAUUUCCUUUAUGCCGGUUUGGUACCUAGAUCUUAUUUUAGCAGUUUACCGCUUUUCCGUCAAUUAGAUUUUGGUAGUCCAGGAAUUGGUUUUAAACCGAAUAUUUUAUUGCCUGCGACAUCUCCUAUUAUCUGGGUGAAUAAUUCGAACUUAAACGCGCGACCAAAAAGAUAUGUUGAGGCUUUAAGCGAUUUUUUGCAAGAAUACAAUAAAAGUCAGGAAAAUUACAAAACAGAUGUAGAAUGCAAUGAUAUAGUAUCAAGCAGAUCAGAUAAGAGGCCUUGUUUCUUUGAUAUCGAGAGUCUUGGUGUUUGUAGCAAGCCUCCUUAUGGAUAUAUGAAUCCAUUGCAACCGUGUAUUUUCAUCAAGUUUAAUAAGAGAUUCGAUUGGGUACCAAUUUAUUACAAUAAAUCCUCUCCAUUGCCUGAAAAUAUGCCGAGUGCUUUACAGAAUGCUGUGCGAUCUUCGAAAAAGUAUCAAGUCUGGUUAUGGUGUGAUGGGGUGAAUAACGUUGAUAAAGAACAUGUUGGAGAAAUUGAAUAUUUACCGAGUCCCGGCUUUCCCGUGCAAUAUUUUCCUUUUAUAGGACAACCGAAUUAUUUGGCUCCGAUGGUCGCGCUACGAUUUAAAAAUAUUACACCAUCCAGAUUGGUGACGGUGGAAUGCAAUUUAUGGGCGGUCAACAUAAACAAAGAACCGCACAGUGCAUUGGAUUUUCAAAUAAUUCUGGGGGAGCCUUAGAAUAUAGAAGAUAUAUAUUCGCGAAUAUAUCUUGACAUAAAAUAUUUUUGCAUACGAUUAAUAAGAAGAAAAAUAUAGACGAGCGUAUUAAUUUAUGCAGAGUAAAAAUAAAUUUUCUUUGUUUAAAGUUUUUUUUUACAAUUAGCAUAU